AUGGGGAUAGAUAAUUUCUUUUUCCAAAAACCUGCUGGCUCUGUGGCCUUAUCCUUUGGACUUGAUCUUGCUCGUUCUUUAAACAUUAAGGACAUUGUUAUUGAAGGUGAUUCAAUGCUGGAAAUUCAUUGUUCUGUGCUUUCUAGGAAAUGGGAAUUGCUUUCGAGGUCAUUACCCAGCCUAAUUUUUUCAGAGGACAUCUUUUAUUCAUCAGCCUUCCGAAGACGUGGACUUGUAAACAUAAUUGAUGGCAUUCUUAAUUCACAUUCUGCAGACCUUGCUCUUUUCCAAUUUCAAUUACAAACCUCCGUCAUUUCAAGUGCAACGCUUAAUGAGUGGGUUCACUGUGCUGCUCUGAAACAUGUAAAAGAGAUGAGUCUCGAAUUUCUUAGAGAGGUUGAAGUUCCGACUUCUGUUUUCUCUUGCCGCAAGCUCAGAUAUUUGGCUCUUAGGAAUUUUCGUCUGGAAAACAUGCCUGACUCCUUUGCUCGCUUUGACUUCCUCACAAAACUUUGUUUAAACUACACUUACCUGAACGACAUGACCUUCCAGAGAAUGUUGGAUUUAUGUCCAGUCCUCAAAAUUUUAGCCGUUGGUAAUUGCCAUGGACUUCAAAGAGUUAACAUACGUUUCAACAGACAUCAUUUUCUCAAUCUUGAUAUUCCACCAUCACAUCAUAGAAUUGAUAGAAUCAGAGAAAUAACAGCAAAUUGCCCGCGAUUGGAGAGCCUGGCAAUAGAAGUCCUGUAUCAUGUGGAAAAGAUGGAAUUUGACUUGCCACAAUGUUUACGUUUGUCGAUAGUAGUUCCACGACUUGAGCCUUUUGAAAAUCUGACAUCACUCACGGAAAUGACAUCCUUUCGUCGAAUCUUAUGUGAGGGUUUGGGAGAAGAAAUCGAAGGCACGGAUUGA